GUGUCUGUCAGGCUGCCCGCUGGGCGGGAUUGGUGGAGGCACCAUCACGCUUGGCAAGUUCUGCCACUGGCAGCUGAACCCCAAGAAAUACCAUUAUGGGACGAUUAUCGCUGACCAGUUCACACUGUGCCUGCAUUGCAAGGGGCAGACAGUUUACCAGCAGGUCCUGUCUGUGGAGAGACCCAGCACACUGCAGGGCUGGAACUGGGGCUACUGCAGCCACUAUGCCUUCUACCAUGGACUGUACUCCCGCACCUGGAUGGUCUACGAGCUGCUGGGGCAAAACGUGGUGCUCACAUGCCACCAGGUCUUUCUGGUCAUCCCCUAUGAUUACAAGGACUCCAGCCUGCCGGUGGGAAUGUUCAUCUGGGAAGUGGAGAACAACAAUGAGGAGCCCGUGGACAUCUCCAUCGUGUUCAGCCUGCAAAAUGCCAUGGGUGCGAAGGAGGACAAGAGCGGGGAGCACUGGAAUGAGCCCUUUGCCCUGCAGGAGGGUGGCAAGCGGGUGGCUGGUGUCCUGCUGCACCACUGCACCCCCAUGAACCCCUUCACGCUUGCUGUGGCUUCCUGGGAGAAGGUGAGGGCCAGCAGUGGGUCCAGGACUGUGCCACUGGCAGGGAUGCUUAUAGUGGCCCUGGGCUGGGGACAGCCCCAGAGCUGGGUGCUGUGUGGGGUUUCUAGUAAGAGGAGCUGUGGGUGAAGCUUGCCAAUUGUUAGUCAAGUAGUCUUGGAGGUGGCAUCAAUGGGCAGCAUGUGGGAAGCAAGUUUAGGGUUGUAGGAUUGUUGGUGGGUCAUUGUCCCCCCACCAAAAGCAUCAGCUCCAGACACAUUCUGGGGGAUCCAAUCGCAUCACCUGCUCCUUUGAGGUGGAAGCAGUUUCCUGAUGCUCUCCUCUCAGGCUGGCACGGUUCUCACUCAUCUCAUUGUGUUCAGUCCCACGGGGUCAGGCCAGGAUGUGUGGCGAGACCUCCUGCAGGAUGGUAAGCUGGAGUCCUCCACCAGUGAGUGCUGUGUUGUGGAGGUCUGAGGGGUGUGUGUGUGUGCACAAGGUGUCAGCCGUACCAAGUGUGAGUUUCCCUUCUCCCAGGGCAUUGGCAUGCCCAUGGGAUGCAUGGUGUCUGCAGGAAGCUCCCCCAGGAGUGGACGAAGAAUCAGUCCCCAUGGAAAGGUCCUUCCUGUCCCUUGUAGGGUGCAGGGAAGAGCAUGGAGGUGCCUUUGAGGCUGUGCAGGACUGCCAGCUGCUCCACGGGGUUAUUGCAGCUGCAGCUCCAUCCUUGCUCUCCACUGUUGAAGGAUUUUUGAAACAGCAAGGAGGCCAUGACUUGCUUCAGCUGAGAAAACCAAGCUACCAGGACGACUACAAGAAGUUCCCAUGACAAUGUUCCCAUAUCGCCCAAUUGAGGAAUUAAAAAAUAUU